AUUAUAUGUCCAGAAGUUCACAAUAGAAAAUUAGACGAUUUUGUUGACCUAAAUACUUCCGAUUACACAUCGUAUAUUUCCCCUAUAGUAAGAACGGUAAGAACAGUGUCGGUUCCUAAGGACGGUAGGAAACCAUCGAAUCCAAGAUGGACGAGGUUGACAGACAAGUGCGAAAGACCAGAAGGAGCCAGAAGAAAAUAAAGCCUAAUACUAGCACUGACAACAGAGUAGGCUACAAGGCAACAAAAGUAUUUUCUAAUCAGCGAGUGUUGUAUGGCCUUGCUACGCAUGAGCAUUGGCCAAGUGGGCAUAUGCUUAUGAAAGUGCCUGCAACCCAGGAAGGUGCAUCUGUAGUCCUUGAUCACAUUCUUUUAAAAGAUGUUGGUGUGAAUGUGUCAGUACCUAGAAGAAUGAAAGAUAAUUUUUCAGAUCUUAAGAUUUUGUUACUGAAGUUAAUGAAGAGACACAGACGUCUUUCACCUUACAGCUACAUAUUCACACACCACUUGAAGAGACAGUCCAAGAACAAAACUGAACAUCAGCAGCAGCAGGCCAUGAGAAUAAUGCAGCCACUGGACCAAAGACUGGUGUCAGGAUUUGUUACAGAGGUACUAAGAAAGGUGGUGCCGCUUGGACUUCUUGGUUGUAACCACAAUGCAAGAGUAUUCAAAAGGUUCUGCAGAAAAUUGGUGAACAGUGGGAAAUUCCAGAACUUCAGACUAGGCAGUCUAGUGUCUGAUUUGAAAAUCACACAUGUUCCCUGGCUUAAUUCUGUAACUGAGUCUGCUUUGAAGAUGAACAUCUUUGCCAAGGUUGUUGUUUGGCUGUUAGAAGAAUUUGUGUUCGUGCUAUUGAAAACACAGUUCUAUAUAACUGAAGGGUUACAGCAGCGCAACAAAUUACUUUUCUAUAGGCAGAGAGUUCAGCAAAAGAUUAAUGAUAGAGCACUGCUGGAAUUAAUCAGAAGCAAGAAACUGCAGCCAGUUGACAAAGAGAAGGCUGCAGCACUUGCAAAGACUGACACAUUCCCAGGGAAAGGUGUGUUGCGGUUUGUGCCAAAGAAGACGGGCCCCAGGCCAAUUAUAAGGAUCAGACCCAACAAUUCACGUACAAUCGAAAUAGCAUUAACAUUCCUGACCCAGGUAGCAGCAUUAAAUCCUGUCAGUAUUAAACCUACAGCUUCAGACAUGUUACACAAAAUGUGGUGCACGUUAUUUGACCGCUGGAACCAAAAUGAUCGACAUAAAAUUUAUUUUGUUCGGACUGACAUCUUGGAUGCUUAUGGAUCCAUGCGUCAUGAAAAACUGUGUGAUAUAUUGAAGCGUAAUAUUUCAGCAGGUCAGACAUAUACCUUGAAAUGUUUCAAAUUUUUUACUUUGAAGAAAGAGAAGUCAAGGUACAUAUACAAGCAAGCAUUUGAUCACCUGCCCUCUGCCAUGCCAAAGAACAGCAUUUUGAUUGACAAGGAGUCUACCACAGUGUGCCAAAUAGUAGGCAGAGAUCUGUUGUCAUUCUUGUGUGAGAUGCUGCAGAGUUAUAUAGUUCACCGAGGAAAUCGGCAGUUUCUCAUGACAUGCGGACAGCCACAAGGAGCCCGCCUAUCAUCAGUUCUCUGUGAUCUGUACUACUCUGAUGUGGACAGAACUCAGCUUAGGGAGUUCCAGAAUGACAAUGAUUUGCUUAUUCGAGCUGUAGAUGAUUAUCUGUAUGUUACUACAAACCUAGACAGAGCCGUCUGUUUCCUGGAAAAGAUGGAAAAAGGUUUCCCUGAAUAUGGCUGUUAUGUGAACACAAAGACACUUACCAACGUGCCUCGUGAAUGUCAGCCAUUCUGUACAGAAGUGACAUAUUGUGGAUAUGUCAUGGAUACAGAACUGUUGCAUAUCACACAGGAUUAUGCCCGCUACAAGAAUCAAGAUAUUGCUCACUCAAUGCGUUUGACAGAAGUGAAACAACCUGGAAAAUUCCUUCAGAAGCGGAUGAGGUUAGUGUCAUCAUUGAAACUGAAUGCACUUACUCUUGAUGAGCUGUACAACUCAAGAGAAAUAGUUCUCUCAAACAUAUUUCAUGCAGCUCUUCUGCAGGCCUUCAGAUUCCACAGUAUUGUUAAAAAUACCUUCAACAGAAAGAAUCUGAACCAGCGGUUUCUGAUCCAGAUAGUAUAUGAAUCUGCUGGAAAAAUUGGGGACCAUGUAUUGAGGAUUACCAAUAAUUACUGCAGAGUAUCAACAGUUGACUUCAGCACUGUUUGCUGGAUCGUGUACAGAGCUUUCUAUUUGAGAAUGUCCAUUGUUUGCAGCUACUAUCCUGAUGUGCUGAAAGCCACUGACUGGAUGUUACAGUGUCUUUCUCAGAGGAUAAAAGCAGAACACUACGAUGAGAUAAGGAAGCUCACAUUAAAUAUGCCAGAUGCAUUCCGUACAGUUAAAUGAUGUGACACUUUGUUGUUGCAUCAUACACAAACUGGGAUCUGGUGUUGAGCAUGAUGAAGUCAUUCUGCUUGAGUAAAGCGACCAGUGUGCUUGGACUCUGUUCACUUCGGCUCCGUUCAGCACGUCACCACUGGUGGGGGGUAACCUGCCUGUUACCAUAGUAACGACAGCGCUCCGAUGCCAAGUCACCGCUGAGGAGGAAGGGGGUGUCCUCCAUAGCGCAACACGUCACACUUUAUAUAUAUUAAUAUGAGAUUCAUGUAUUUUGACUACAAUAUAUAUACUGCUUCUGUGAUAAAUAUAUUUUCUUGUGUCUCUUAUCAGAAAUUGUAUAAUUAGAUUUUGUAAGGUUCAUGCAUGAAGCAGAUUAGUAUGCAGUAUUUUUUUGAACCUCUGUAUGUUGAAACUAUUGAAAUAUAAUAGCACUGUUAGUUUACAUUAGAUAACAAGUUAAAGCAUGUAAUAUGAAAAUAAAUACAUUUAUUUUUAA